GCGUAGUUUGCUUUGAGGCUUCGCUGGGAGCGGAGGAAAACUGUAUCGAUCCGAGGCAGGUAUUCGCGCUCGAGCCGGUGUUGGCAGUCGCGCCACCGCGAUUUGGCCUCGGCGAUUUCGGCAGAAAAGCGCACCGCUCCGCUCCGCCACUCCCGCCGCGCAGGGGAAGUUCUGUCCGAUUCCCGGCGUUCUGACGUUUGGACGCGCGCCCCGCCGUCGGCUGCUCCACACACUGCCGAGUGCUGCCGCUUCGUGCGACGCGGGCUCGUCUGCUGCGACAGGAUCUGCGAUCCUGCGGUCGGCCCCCACGCCGCCGCGCUGGGUGCUUGGAUGAACUCUCGGGCAGCGGUCACACGCAGAACGGCGCCGCACUGUCGCUGGACACAAGCGGGCGCGCCUACUAUGAUCGCUUCCCUGCGCACGGGGAACACCAGGGCGACGAAUCGGACGUCGUAGCGGCCAGCAGCAGGACGACGACGACCAGCUCCGCGAUGGCGCUCGGCAGGCGCGGCAGGCGGGCCUCGGCCAGGCCCACGGGGGCGGCCCUCUGGGCGUGGGCCGUGCUCGCCCUGGCGCUGACGGGGUGCUUGGCCUCGCUGCCGGAGCUGGAGUGCCCCGAGGAGUGCGAGUGCCACUACUUCCGCAUCAACUGGGUGACGGACUGCUCCGAGAGCAACCUCACCGACAUCCCCAACGACAACAUGAGCCUCAGCGUGUACAUCCUCAACAUGAACGGCAACAACGUGACCACGUGGCCCACCUUCCCCGCCGACAUGAAGCUCCGCCGCCUGCAGGUGGCCGACAACCGCGUGCAGCGCGUCACCAAGGAGAUGUUCCAGGGCCUGGGCUACCUCAUCGACGUGGACCUGUCCGGUAACAACAUCUCCGCCGUGGACCCCGAGUCCUUCAAGGACAGCCCGGGCCUGCUGACGGUGGAGCUGCAGAACAACCCCCUAGGCCUGGAGCCCGUGGACGGACCCUUCCUGCACUCGCAGACGCUGCUGUACCUGGACCUGAGCGACACCAACCUCACCAGGCUGUCCACGCUCUUCUUCUCGGGCAUCAGCGCGCUCAACCGCCUCGACCUGUCCGGCAACCCGCUCACCGAGCUGCGGCCCGCCGUGCUGGACCCGCUGUCCAGCCUGGAGCACCUCAAGCUCAACAGGUGCAACCUCACCGCCUUGUCCGAGCACGCCUUCAGCAAGCAGGAGCACCUCAAGACGCUGGAGCUCUCGGGCAACUUCCUGACGGACGUGGACUGGACGGCCGUGCUGCAGCCGCUGGUGCGCCUGGAGCACCUGGACCUGCGCGCGUCGCGCGUCACCUACCUGCCCGAGGACGUGUUCGCCAACAACAUCUGGAUCCGCAGCCUGAUCCUGGCGGAGAACGAGCUGCGCGACCUGGACGUGGCCACGACACUGGGCCACAACCUGCGCCACCUGGACCACCUGGACCUGUCCAACUGCCACCUGCGCGGCCCGCUGUCCGAGGACGCCUUCGCCAACGCCACGCGCCUGCGGUCGCUGCUGCUGUCCGGCAACAGGCUGUCCGCCUCGGACCUGGCCGUGGCGCUGGCGCCGCUGUCCAAGCUGCAGAAGCUGUCGCUGCGAAACUGCUCCCUGCACCGCCUGCCCGACAACACCUUCCACCGGUUCACCGACCUGCAGGAGCUGGAUCUGUCCAAAAACCCUCUCCAGGAUGCGUUCACGUCGCUGCUGUCCCCGCUCGAGGCCCUGGAGCGGCUGGACAUGGGCUACAGCAACCUCGGCUACAUCUCUCGAACCACCUUCUCCAAGAUGACGUCCCUCAAGACCCUCAUCUUGUCGGGCAACCCGCUCAACACGCUCGAGUCGGGCUUGUUCCAGAACCUGACGCACUUGGAGACGCUGGAGCUCAACAACUGCGGCCUGGUCCGCGCCAUCAACCCGGUCGUGUUUGACAACGCCACCUACAGCGACUUGCGCGAACUCCGCUUGGCUGGCAACCCGCUCAAGGUGACCAGCGACUCGGGGCCGCUGCUUCCCAGCCAGCUAUGCAAAGUCCGCGUCCUCGACCUCAGCAACUGCAACCUGACGGUGCUGCCCCCGGACGCCUUCAACACGACGCAGAACAUCACGCGCCUGCUGCUGGGCGGCAACCACCUCACGUCCACCGUGGCGGCGGACAACGCCCUGCCCUUCAUGGAGCACCUGCCGGCCGUCGAGAUGCUGGACCUCACGUACAACAACCUGAGCCGCCUGUCGCCCGCCGUCUUCAAGAAAAACCACCAGCUGGCGACGCUCAAGCUGGUGGGCAACCCUUGGCAGUGCGACUGCUCCAUCGCGGAGCUGUGGGAGUGGGCGCUCAACUGGCGCGGCGACCUAGGGCUGCUCGUGGGCUCCACCAUCACGCCCGAGGACACGGUGGCGGGGGGCGCCAAGCGAAAGAAGAACCUGGUGUGCUCGUUCCACCCCAAGACCAGCCCGCUGUCGCGGUCCUGGAAGCGCGGCCGCGAGUACACGCACACCUUCAACCGCACCUGGGCCAAGUACGUCCGCGAGUCUGGCUGCGAACCCAGCAAGACUCUCACUUCAGCGCGCUUCGCCCGCGACGUGGCCGCCAUCGAGAUGGACGUCUUCGAGAUGGACGACGUCGGCGAGGACGCCCUCUUGGAGGAGGCCGCCGUCCCAGGGGACGCUGCGGCGCUGUCCGAGACCGGCAAGAAGAGGGAAGUCCGGUCCGCGCCCGAGGCCAUGCCCAAGGCCGUGCCCCUCGCGGCCCGAGCCUCACCGCCAGGCCUCUCCGUCGGCACUGUGGCGGUGGUGGGCGUCGUCUCGCUCGUCGUGCUGGUCGCUGCCGCCGCCACCAUCAUGUCCGUGGCGGCCAAGGCGGCGCGGCGCCAGGCGCCCGGCGACAGCCUCGGCCUGCACGCGUCCGUCGUUGGCGUGGCCGCGGCGGACGGGCCUGGCCACGACCUCGGACACGGCCUCGAGAUUGGCGUGGGGAGCGCGGAGAAGAUGAAGCACUUGUGAGCCAUGGGGUGCCAAACCGCGACUAUGGACUUUUGUUCCUGACGUUCAAAUGCAUGGCAUGUGAACUAGUUCUUUUUAAAUAGUGGUGUUUUAGCGAAGCCGUGUCGCCCGUCGCUACUAGACUGACGUUUUUUGGGGUUCACACCGUUCACACGCGCUUCCUAUUGCGUGUUCCCUCGGCGUGUCUUUUCGGCUUUUACAAUUGUUGCGCUUGUGUAAAACCAAAGUGAUAUGUGAUGCGACAUAAUCUAUUUUAAGUAUUGUGAUAUCGGCAUUAUUGAGGUAGGUAAUCAAGUAGCAUACAUAGUCUUAGAAGAAAUGUAUUGUCAAAGUUGUUUUUUUUUGUGUGUAAAUUAAGUUAAUAGUACCCGUAAAUAAUGUUGAGAUUGUAAUUUUUCUAUCCCAAAUAAAGUGAUUAUACAAGUU